CUUGGCUCUCUGGGGCUCUCUUUCUGGCUGCCCCAGGGCCUCACCUCCAUCUUCUCGGGCCGGGCGACCCGGAAGCAGGCUGCUCGAGCCCAGGACCCAGCUGGCACCAUGGAGACCUACAGGAACCCAACAGAGGUACAGAUGAGCCAGCUGGUGCUGCCGUGCCACACAAACCACCGAGGGGAGCUGAGUGUGGGGCAGCUGCUGAAGUGGAUCGACACGGCCGCCUGUCUCUCAGCGGAGAGGCAUGCAGGCUGCCCAUGUGUAACGGCCUCAAUGGAUGACAUCUACUUUGAACACACCAUUAGAACUGGACAGGUGGUCAACAUAAAAGCCAAGGUGAACAGAGCCUUCAACUCCAGCAUGGAGGUGGGCAUCCAGGUCACCUCGGAGGACCUGUGCAGUGAGAAACAGUGGAGCGUGUGCAAAGCCCUGGCCACCUUCGUGGCCCAGCGAGACUCUUCCAAGGUGAAGCUAAAACAGAUCUUGCCGCUGACAGAGGAGGAGAAGGUGGAGUACAGUGUGGCGGCAGAGCGUCGAAGGAUGAGGCUGGUGUACACGGAAACCAUCCAGGACCUGCUGGCCAAAAGCAUCAUUCAGGAUGAUCUAGAGAGCAGAGACUGCAAAAUGAAGGUACCCGCUGAGAAGACCCAAGUGGAGAGUGUGGAGCUGGUCCUGCCCCCCCAUGCCAAUCACCAGGGCAACACCUUUGGGGGACAGAUCAUGGCCUGGAUGGAGAAUGUGGCCACCAUUGCAGCCAGCCGCCUAUGCCGAGCCCAUCCCACGCUGAAGACCAUCGAGAUGUUCCACUUUCGAGGCCCAUCCCAGGUUGGGGACCGGCUGGUGCUCAAGGCCAUUGUCAACAACGCCUUCAAGAACAGCAUGGAGGUCGGCGUGUGCGUGGAAGCCUACCGCCAGGAGAUGGAGUCUUGCCGGCGGCACCUCAACAGCGCCUUCAUGACCUUUGUGGUGCUGGAUGGAGAGGACCAGCCCAUGACCCUGCCCUGGAUUCAGCCACAAGGACAAGAAGGCGAGCGUCGGUAUAGAGAGGCCAGUGCUAGAAAGAAGAUGAGACUGGACAGGAAGUACAUCGUGUCUUGUAAGCAGGCUGAGGUCCCCCUCUCUGUUCCCUGGGACCCAAGUAACCAGGUAUAUCUGAGCUACAAUAAUGUCUCCUCCCUGAAGAUGCUCAUGGCCAAAGACACCUGGGUCCUCGCUUCCGAGAUCAAUAAGAUCAAACUCUACACCUUGGAGGAUGACAAAUUCCUGUCCUUCCACAUGGAGAUGACUGUCCAUACGGAUACAACUCAAGCCUUUCUCCUGCUCUCAGACCUGCGCCGGCGACCUGAGUGGGACAAGCACUAUAAGAGCGUGGAACUCAUACAGCAGGUGGAUGAAGACGACGCCAUCUACCACGUCAUCAGCCCCGUCCUGGCGGGCGCCGCUGACGGCAAGCCCCAGGACUUCGUCAUCCUGGCCUCGAGGCGGAAGCCAUGCGACAGUGGGGAUCCAUAUGUGAUAGCCCUCAGGUCAGUCACCCUGCCCACACACCCCGAGACCCCGGAGCGCACCAGAGGGGAGACCCUCUGCUCUGGCUUCUGCCUCUGGAGAGAGGGGGAUCAGCAAACCAAGGUGUCCUACUACAAUCAGGCUACCACCAGUUUCCUGAACUAUGUGACAACCAACGUGGCAGGACUGUCGUCCGAAUUCAUCACCACCUUCAAGGCCUGUGAGCGGUUUCUCCUGGACAACAAGAGCGAGCUGGCCCUCAGCCUCCAGAACCUUUAGUGGCUGCCCUGCCCAGCCCAUGGCCUCCCCCUGCUCGGCCACUCCCCUGGGGGCACCAGGCUCAAUGGAGUGGAGGCAGCAAGGGCCCGAGUCCAUCCUUCCAGCCUCUUCCGUCCCUCCUAGCUGGCUCUGCCGAUGAUGCCUCCUCCUGGACUCUGCCCUGAGCCGGGCUAUCACUUGCUCCAGGCCUGGCUCACCCUUUUUUGGCCUGAUUUUGCUUGUGGCUCAGGCCAUGAGCAAGGUUGCGCCCGAUGGUGACUGCAUAGUUCUGGGAUCUUCCAGUAGUGCUGGGGCCCCAAGGAGCCAGCCUCCACUUGGAAGAACCCAGGCGGCCAGUGCCUGGGCCCCCAGCUCCAGCCAGUCUGAACAAAUGAGUGUGUGGCAGUCCUGUGUUUUUUUUUUUUUUAAACCCUUGCCUUCUGUCUUAGAAUCAAUACUGUGUACUGAUUCCAAGGCUCUUCUGAGGGUAAGGAUAGGCUCAGGGUCAUAUAGCUACGAGGCCAGAUUUGAACCCAGGACCUCCUGUCUCAAGGCCUCAAUCCACUGGGCCACCUCACUGCCCCCAGCAGUCAUUAAUAGGCCAAAGGCUCUGGUGAUAGAAGGAAGCCAACAACUCCAGUGGCCAAAGGUACCCUGCCCGUGGAGCCAGGUCUCGUGAAAUUCUAGCAGGACCCAGUGACUACAACCGCUGAGCCCCACUCUAAGCAGGGGAGCUCCAGAUCCUUUAGGGCCUGGAUGGCUGGGUGUAGCCUGACAUGGAUCAGGACUCCUGGGAAGAACCCAAAAAGGCGGGUCCCUUACGGUCCUGUUACCCAGAAGUGCCUUGGGAUGACUUAGGAGGGAGGAAGAGGGCAGUAAGGCCCCAGGGGCAGCACAGAAGUCUCCGGUGCCAUCCAUCAUCCCUUUUAGACUAAGCAUUUGGAUCUGUGAGACAAAGGCAAGGGCAGGGUUGUACAUACAGUUGUGAAUUUGUAAAACAAUAAAUGGCCGAAGUCUCCAGG